CAGUAUAGCUCCAUUGCUGCUAUGGAAAUGAAGGUGAGCAAUGAGAUUUCAAAUGCUUUUGCCCAGUUAGUUAAGUUGCAUUUACUUACAUUGUAUGACAAAGUAAUAUUCUUUUUAUUUUAAAGUGUAUUGAAAGUCUGUUCAUUUUAAAUUAUAGUAAGGAUUUCUUGUUUAAAACCAGUAUUAUAUUUAUAUGUAACAUUCCUGACCUUUGCUAAUGUCACAAAUGCUUAAUGUCUGUUUUAAAUGUUAAUGCUGUUUUGCAUUUACUGUAAAAUAAAUGAACAUGGUAAAUACAAAAGUAAUCUUUCUAAUCAUUUGCCUGAUUAGAUUUUUUUUUUACACAAACAUACUACUAUUAUUCUAAAUAGUCUCUCGGGCAGUGACUAUUGUCUUGUCAGUAGAAAUAUAUUAUUGACUCUAACCAAGUUUUAUGCCCCUGGUUACAUACACACACCUCUGCUUUUUUUAUACCAUAAUCUACAAAUCGGGAGUAAAAGUAUUUCCUUUGUUUGUUUGUUUUCAAAAGGGAUAUUGAGACUGUGGUAUCGGGUAAAAUGCGAUACAUUUUUCAAUAGCUUAAAUGUGUUUUACCUUUUCUCUAAAAAAAUCACAAAGAUGCUCCCACUACCUGGGGACUUUUCCUGGCGCACACAUGAACAAAUUAAAGUUCUGUUACAUUACUCAGGUGUUGGGGGCAAGAUGCUGAGAGCUGGUGGUGUUGAACCCAAUUAAACUGUGUGUCAGCAGAGGUGGAGUUUACAACUGUCGUGCCUCUUUUUCAGAUAAAGUAUAAAGGUUCAAGAAGCAUACAGUGCUCUCCACUCUAGCUGCUCUGAAUCUUGUGGUGCUUUAGUUAUUUAAUUAAAACAAAAACCACCAAUGGCAUUCCAGAGCCGAAACUACCUUACUGGUACAAGCUCCAUUUUCCAGCCUAUUGCACCCAGUCUAAGUGGUUCAAACUACAGGAAAACAGCUAUCCGAAAGUAUCAUGCGCCGAGUGUCUAUGGGGGAGCUGGUGGCUAUGGCACCCGCAUUUCCACCAGCACUAACUAUGGAGGAGGCUUUGGUGGUGGCUUUGGCAGUGGAUUUCAGCUCAACACCAGUGGUAGUGACAUCCUGCUUGCUGGAAAUGAGAAACUGACCAUGCAAAAUCUGAAUGACCGUUUGGCUUCCUAUCUGGAGAAAGUGCAUUUUCUAGAAAAAGCCAACUCCCAGCUUGAAAAGCAGAUCAGAGAGUGGUAUGCAAAUAGCUCCUCAACUACAAGGCAUGACCACAGUCCAUAUUUUAAAACCAUUGAAGACCUCCAAAACAAGAUUGGUGCUGCACAUCUGGAAAAUGCCCGGCUUCUCCUGCAGAUCGACAAUGCCAAGCUGGCUUCUGAUGACUUUAGAAUGAAGUAUGAGAAUGAGCUAGCAAUCAAACAAAAUGUGGAAAAUGAUCUUGCUGGACUACUCAGAGUCCUUGAUGACUUGACCUUGUCAAGGUCAGACUUAGCGCUACAGAUUGAAGGUCUGAAUGAAGAGCUGACUUUCCUCAAGAAAAACCAUGAAGAGACAGAAGAAGUGAACCAGGAAGUCGCUAUUAAUAUUGAACAACUGCAAACCAAAAAAACUGAGAUCACAGAUCUGAGACGGACCUUCCAGAGCCUGGAGAUAGAACUGCAGUCCCAGCUUAGUACGAAAAAGGCUUUAGAAGACACUCUGGCUGACAUGGAAGCACUUUAUCGUUCACAACUUGCCCAGAUACAGGCUGCAAUUGGCAAUGUAGAGGCACAGCUGAUGCAGCUUCGAGCUGACAUGCAGAGCCAGAGUACUGAGUACAGUACUCUCCUGGACAUAAAGACACGGUUGGAGAUGGAGAUUGCCACAUACCGACGCCUACUGGAAGGAGAGGAUAGUAGCAAACAUUUCCAGACAGAGAUAUCUACUAUAGAAGAGCCUGAGAGAGAAAUAAAUAAAAUUAGGAAGAUCAAGACAGUCGUUGAGGAGGUGAUUGAUGGCAAAGUUGUCUCCUCCGAGACCAAAGAGAUUGAAGAGAAGAUAUAAGCAGCAUCAGCAGGGAGAUGCCUCUGAACUUCUUAGAGCUGAAGGCAAAAAUUACUUGAUUAAACUUCAGUGGGAGUUGGAUUGGACUGUUUGUGGCUAUGUCUACACUGCAGAGUUUUGUCGCCAAAAGUUACUCUGAUUUAAUUAAAAUGCUUUGAUUAAACCGCUUUUGUAUGUCCAUAGUAUGCUCCUUGUAUCAGCAGAGCGCAUCCACAUUAGCAGCUCUUGCAUUGACACAGAGAGCAGUGCACUGUGGGUAGCUAUACACUGUGCAACUGACCAUAAGGUGCUUUGGGAAGGGUUUGCAAUGCCUCAUGGGGCAGAGACAGCAUCACAUGUUGCAGGUUUCUCAAUCCCAUCAUUCCAUGGGCUCAUGGACAUCCUACUAGAUUGCCAGCUGCUUUUCAACAGAAGUGUGUGAUGGGAGGGGGAGAGCAUGUGUGACAGGGAGCAUGUGUGUGUGGGGAAACAGAGACAGAGUGUGUGUUGUGGGAGUGUGUGCGUUGGGGGAGAGUGAACAAAACUCCCCAACAAAUCUCUAAGUUCAGACAGCCGCCGGAAGCAACCAGGCCUGAGGUGGGGGAGGGGGACACCCCUGACAUCAGCCCCCACCCUGGCUCUGCACAGCACAGCAGUGUCUCUCUCACACAAAAACAACAAGGAGCAGAGCGGUCACAGCGGGCAUUGUGGGAUACUGGGAGAGGCCAGUAUGGCAAUAUAACAAAUGGCAGCAUCUAAACUGAUGCUUUGUCACUUUAAGUUUGCCACAAAAAGCUUUAUGCCUCUCGUCGAAGUGGUUUCAUUUUGUUGCUGAAACUGAAGAGUCUUAUUGAAAAAAGUGGCAUUGCAGUGUGUACACCUCCACUGUUUCAUCACCAAAAGCUGCCUUUUGACAACAAAACUCUGCAGUGUAGACCCAGUAUGGAGCUUUCUAUUUACUUCAAUGGCACUUGGAUCAAGCUGAAAGAAAACUGCCAUGUUAUCUACUGGGAAACAACAUGCUAUAUCCUCAUUUUUUGUCCAUUAAUCAAAAAUUGCUUUGCAUCACUAAGUUACAAGGCACAAAUAUCCUUUAAUAGCUCUUUACUUACAUGUUGACUGGCAGUUUGAUUACCAAAUAAGGGCCAUUCAGGGAGAGAAUACUGUGUAUAGACACAGUGUGCCGUGCUGUUAAAAAUCCAUGAUUAUUUCUGUUUAUCUUAACCAUGGUACAUACAAUUAUAGCAAUUACUAUGGAUCUUCUAAGAGUAAUUAACAAAUAAUGUUCAGCAAUAUGCAAUUAUGAUGUAGCUAUAUAUUUAUGAAAAAGCUUCAUAAAACUGUAGUGAUCAUAUAAGUACAAAAGACUUAGCAUGAUGCGUGAGCCAUGUAGUUUAAUGUUAUUGAAUCUUUCUUAAACUAUCAAAAUUGUUUCCUUUGUACUUCUGGUAAUAAACUUGACAUGUGACAUAUGG